AUGGCGAGAAUGCUGGAAUGCGGCAUGACACGAAAAACAGAGCAAGCCGAGCUUGCUUUGGAGCUCACGCCAUCGAGCUCGGUACAGGUGCAUGCAUCCAUGGCUGUUCUAGCCGGCAAUCAGCAAUUUGGAAGGAGGCUGGAUCAGUAUGGCAGAAACAGGGCCGCCGAAAUCAAGAACUUGCAGACGCGCGAAAGACGAGCGAGAGAACUCGGCCAACUGCCGAAGGCUGAUGCAUUGACUGAAGAGCUUGCGAGACGCAAGCGUGAGCAUGCCCUGCUCAAGGCACAGAAUGAGAAUGCCCAACUCCAAGACCACAUCCAUAACUUGCUGACCUUGCGCGGAGCACCGGCCGAGUCAGACAGAGAUGACGGUGCUGAGGUAACAAAUUCUGAAAAGGAGCAUCGAAUAUGCUUUCUGCCGUCCUACAAGUGGCAUCCCGACCGCGAUGCCUACGACAUUCGAUCGCAGAAGCAUGUGCCCGUCCGGCAUGGGGUCAAUGUCGCGGGAAGUGGCAAGCUCCGGGCCGUCCACGAGCUGGAUCGUCCAUCCUCUGUCCUGGCAUCCGUAUUUGGCAAUUGUCGCGGCAAACGUUGCAGGUGCAAAUCGGACGCAUCACCGAGUCCUGCCGUGGGAGCCACCAAGCUGCUUGUGGAUGCAGAUGCCCAUAGUGUUGAAGAUGUCGAGGAUGCCAUCAAGCAGCUGGAGCAGACUGGCACAAGGGUACACACAACGGUUUUCGCACCACCUAGUCGCGACAAACAAAAGAACUGGAUGCAAUUGCUCCAACGUCCUACGGUGACCUUUCGCCCCGUCGACCCCAACUCGAGCAGAGUUGGAGAAGCCACCGAUGGUGUGAUAAAAUGUACUUUGAAUACUUGCAACGACGCCCAAAGUUUGGCUCUCCUCACGUCCGACUACGAUUUCAUAGAUGCGAUUCAGCAAGCAAUGGACCGUGGCAGGCCGAUAAUUGUCUUUGUACCAUCGAAAAAACGUAUAGUUAUCGAGCGCUACCAGAGUGCAGGGGUGCAGGUCCAAGAAGUGAAGCCCCGCGUAUCCAUCUUCCCAAAAGUCCGUGCAAUCUUACGUUCAGAUGGCAGUGGGCAUGUGCAACUGGGUAAAUUCUGGUGCACAAACGAGUUGGGUUCCAUCACCGUGUUUCCUCUGCAGAUUGGCAUCAAACAGGUCUGCCAGCAAAUGCAAAACCAUGGUAACAGAAAGUGGCGGCGUUACGUCAACAACCUGGCAUUUUUCCUUCCCAAAUCCACACAUGGAGCAAGGCUGAAUAAGACUCAGACCGUCAAGUUUGGCACAGGCAUCUCCAAGGCUCUCUUCAUGGGUGGUGGCCCAUUCCUGCUGAAAGAUUCCGCGAAUCUGGUAGGCGAGGCUUUAAGAAGGCUAGGGUACAUGGACGACGACUUGAACACAGACCUGCAGGAGGCCAUGCUUAUGUUUGUGAAUGCCUCGAAAAAUAAGUAUAACCUGCGAAAGCCGUUGGAUGCUCUUCCCUCCCCAACAGACACAGCCGCAGAGCUGGAGGAUAAGCUCCGAUACGCCUUUCUUUCGCACUCGACAGACGGACAGUGGUUGCCUGCCCCGAAAGAUGGCUACAUCCGGCAGCACCUGUGCAAGCAAGGUUUCUUGGCCGACGUGAAAGCAGCACGAAGGGAGGUCUUUCGAGCAAUGGCCAAGUAUGCAAGGCAACAUCAGCUUCCCGAGAUGAAGACCUACAACGGCUACGUGUUCCAGCUUCGUCGUCGUCGAGAAUCCAGCUCAACCACGACUGCGACCAUCCAGACCAUGUCGUGA